AUGCCCAACUCCCCCAACGGCAUCGUCGUCUUCUCCGGCGGCAGCGCCGCCAACAGCCUCGUCGACGUCUUCAACACCGUCACCACACGCAAGCACUGCACGCUGUCGUACAUCCUGCCCAUCAGCGACAACGGAGGCAGCUCGUCGGAGCUAAUCCGCGUCUUCGGCGGGCCCGGCAUCGGCGACCUGCGCAGCCGUCUCGUGCGCCUCAUCCCAGACGACGAGACGGACCCGGAGCGCGCGGCCGUGAAGGCGCUGUUCAACCACCGCUUGCCGGCCGACGCAGAGGUGGCCCGUCAUGAGUGGCUCGAUAUCGUCGAGGCCAGGCAUCCGCUGUGGGAGGGCAUUGAGAGCGCAAAGAAGGAGCUGAUUCGUGCGUUUUUGAACAUGUUGAACCUGGAGAUCGUGAAGCGGGUGCGGCCGUCGUCCGUGUUUAAUUUUGGGUCCGCGAGCGUGGGGAACCUGUUCUUGACUGGAGCGCGCCUCUUCUCCGGAUCCCUCGAAAGCGCCAUCUACCUCCUCAGCAGCAUCUGCGGCGUCCCAUCCAACAUCGCCGUCCUGCCCUCCAUCAACACAAACUUCAGCCACCACAUCAGCGCGGGCUUAGCGGACGGGUCGCGGAUCCUCGGACAGAACGCAAUCUCGCACCCCAGCGCACCAACAGCGGCACCCGCCGGCGACGACCCCGCCGAAACCACCGCCAGCGGGAUAACCACCUCGGGCGCCGCAGCGCCCACAGCGCUAAGAACAACAGCAACAGCAGCAGCCACAGCCCUCCUAGCCGACGAAGCCGACGCAAUCGAAGACGCCAACCUACCGGGCUCGCACCCCUCGCUCCGCCGCCCCAACAUCCACUUCUCAAAGUCCGACGACGAGGCCCUCCCCUCCCCCAUAACACGCAUCUGGUACAUCAACCCGUACGGGCAAGAGAUCCGACCGCCCGCGAACCCCAAACUGCUACACGCGCUCGCAUCCGCCCGCGCCGUCGUCUACUCCAUCGGCAGCCUGUACACGAGCAUCGUGCCCUCGCUCGUGCUGCGCGGCGUGGGCGCCGCAAUCGCCCGCUCCCCAGCCAAGUGCAGGAUCUUGCUGCUGAACGCGGCGCGCGAUCGUGAGACGGGUGGCCUGGAUGCGCUGGGCUUUGUGGGUGCGGUGGCGAGGGCGGCGCAUCAGAGCUUGUCGCCGCCGCCUGUUAUAGCUUCUCCUACCUCUCCCACUGCUGCUGAUGAUGCGUUUGGCGCCGGCUUUAAUGGCGCAAGUAUCUUGCCGCCCGAACAGUAUAGGACGUACGUCACGCACGUGCUGCACCUGGACGGGCCUGGCGCCCCGGCCGUGGACAGGGCUGCGUUGGCUAGGCUGGGGAUCGAGACUGUGCGGCUGUAUGGGCGGCGGGAGGGUGGGAAGCUGAGGUACGACGAAGCUGCUCUAGCUCAGGCGCUCGAGGUCCUGGUCGAGGGCGGGGGCAAGGGCGUCGAGUUGAGGCGGCGGAACACGCUUGGGCGGGAGCAGGGGGCUGGGGGUGCGGGUACGGGCGCGGGCGCGGCGGCUUGA